GGCGGCCGCUGGCAGGGCGGGUCGGGUCGGGCCGGGCCGGGUCGGGGACGCCCCUCGGCGACUCCCGCAGCCCCGCAGCCCCCCGCGCCGCGCCCCCCACUCGGUCCCGGGGCGUCGGGGCGCGGGAUGGCGUCCCCGUUCAACGACAUCGUGAAGCAGGGCUACGUGCGCAUCCGGAGCCGCCGCCUGGGGAUUUAUCAGCGAUGCUGGUUGGUAUUCAAGAAGGCUUCAAGCAAAGGUCCAAAAAGACUGGAGAAAUUUUCUGAUGAACGAGCUGCAUAUUUUAGGUGUUACCACAAGGUGACAGAACUCAACAAUGUGAAGAAUGUGGCUAGAUUGCCAAAGAGCACCAAGAAGCACGCUGUGGGGCUCUAUUUCAAUGAUGACACCUCCAAGACCUUUGCCUGCGAAUCAGAUCUUGAGGCUGAUGAAUGGUGCAAAGUGCUCCAGAUGGAGUGUGUGAGGACUCGUAUCAACGACAUCAGCCUCGGAGAACCAGAUUUACUGGCUACCGGGGUGGAGAGAGAACAGAGUGAGAGAUUCAAUGUGUAUUUGAUGCCAUCUCCUAACUUAGAUGUCCAUGGCGAAUGUGCCUUGCAGAUUACGUGUGAGCACAUCUGUCUUUGGGACGCGCAGAAUCCCAGAGUCAGACUUCUCUCUUGGCCUCUAAGCGCCCUGCGGAGGUACGGACGGGACGCGGCUUGGUUUACUUUUGAGGCAGGGAGGAUGUGUGAGACUGGUGAAGGGCUGUUUAUCUUUCAAACCCGAGAUGGGGAGGCCAUCUACCAGAAAGUCCACUCGGCUGCCUUGGCCAUAGCUGAGCAGCAUGAACGUCUUCUCCAGAGCGUGAAAAAUUCAAUGCUACAGAUGAAGAUGAGUGAGCGUGCAGCCUCCCUGAGUGCCAUGGUGCCCCUGCCUCGCAGCGCCUACUGGCAUCACAUCACAAGGCAGCACAGCGCAGGGCAGCUGUACCGCCUGCAAGAUGUUACCAGUCCUUUGAAGCUGCAUCGGACCGAGACGUUCCCUGCGUACCGAUCAGAGCACUGACAGUGGCAGCUGAGAUCCGUGACCCCAGGAGAGGCCAUAGCUGGUUACCCCCAGUCCCUUGGGGACAGCAAAGAGGCCAAGAAGAAGAGUCCAGAAGAAAGAAACUCUGCAAUACCUUCCCUAUUUGUCCGUUUCUUUGUUCCUUCCUUUUCUUUUGAAAACAAUCUUAGCAGACCCAAAAUGUGUCCCUAGACACCCGCGUUUUCUUUCCCUUUCCAGCUGGACAGGAGUUGAUGCCAGUGGUGGUGGGAUUUUUUAUUGUAGACCCUGUAGAUUGUGUGUUCUCUGCACUACUCUGACUUUUCAUUGGUGGAUCCUUAUGAAUUUCCUUGAGUGUUUUGCGUGUUUGGAUGUUGGUGCUGAUAAUAAAAUGGUUCUUAUUUA